UUAUAUAACAGCAACCCACAACUUGUAAAGACCUCAUCUUUUCUUGAAACACAACAAAUACAAGUGCAUUACACAAGCCAAAAUCUUGAAGGAUAAAUAAAGCAGCAAUCUUGAUCAAGAAAGUGUUAGGAAAAUUUGGGGCUUUUUGGUGUUUUGGAGGUUAAAUCUACUUCUACUGAGGUUUUAAUUUUGUUUUGGUAUUCGAAGAAUCAAUUUUUUGGGGGUAAAAAUGGAAAGUAUAGUGGCACAUCAGAAAGAUCUGAAUUUCAAAGCUACUGAGCUGAGGUUAGGUUUGCCAGGUUCAGAAGAUCAAGAAUCUGACCAAGAAAUCUUGUUGUCAUCAAAUUCCAAGAAUAACAACAAAAGGGCUUUGCCUCAAUCAACUCAUGAUGAAGAAGAUUGUGAAUCUAAGUCCAGUUCUGAUCAUGUCAAAACCCCACCUGUUGCCAAGGCACAAAUUGUGGGGUGGCCACCAGUGAGAUCUAACAGGAAGAACAACAUCCAACCAAAGAAAACAGAAUCUGAAUCUGGAAUGUUUGUCAAAGUUAGCAUGGAUGGUGCCCCAUAUCUUAGAAAAAUUGAUCUGAAAAUGUACAAGUGUUAUCCAGAACUACUAAAAGCCUUAGAAAACAUGUUCAAACUCACCAUAGGUGAAUACUCAGAAAGAGAAGGCUACAAAGGCUCUGAAUUUGCCCCUGCUUAUGAAGAUAAAGAUGGUGACUUGAUGCUUGUUGGUGAUGUUCCUUGGGAAAUGUUCUUGUCUUCUUGUAAGAGGCUGAGAAUAAUGAAAGGAUCAGAAGCAAGAGGCUUGGGAUGUGGAGUAUAACUUAUAAAUUAUAAAAAAUUCCCAAAUAGAAAGAUUGUAUCUUUUUCUAUGACAGGGCUAGAAGAAGAAGAUUAUAUGAUGAUAUGAUGAAGUUUUUUUCCUCUAUUGGCAGUAAAAAGAGUCUUUUCUCAGCUUGGGUUCUUGAGUUAAAGUGAACCUGAAUAUUGAUAUCUUUUUCAUUUUUCUUUUGGGCAAUCCUCUUGUAAUCAAAACAGUUUUUUCUAUGGACAGAAAAAACCUUAGUUACAGUUUAUUAAAUUUUGUUGUUUCAUUUUGGAGUCAUGAUUAAUAUAUAUACUAUGUAUAGCAGGAAAGACAAACCAUGGGUGGUUUAAAGAUCCUGCAAGUGUUAUUUUCUGAUUCUAUUUUGGAAUAAUCCCAUCAAACAUACAAAGUAACUA